AUGGAUAAAUAUUUGAUCAAAAAAGACAAAUUGCUUGAUGGUUCCGACACUACUACGACUGACACUGGUAUCAAAACCACAGCGGGCAACACAACGGAUGCAGUACCAAGAUGCUCUGAAAAGACAGGAGUACCAGUGGGAUUUGAUGUUGAAGUUAAUGAUGAUGUUCGGACUACUAGUAACGCUGGUCAUCUCUUCUCGUAUAGGACAUUACAGUCUUUGAUAUUUUAUGUAUAUGUUAAAAAUGUGGAAUACGUCAGAUUUACAUAUGUAUUGUCUUCUGGUUUUGAACAACACUCUGUUUGGAAUAAAGGAAUUGACUCUAAUACGAUAUCUAUUGGGAAUACAGGAAUGCCAGCUAUUGGUUUUUAUCUUCUUGAAAUCAACUUUUCAUCAGUCUUAAGAGGAUUCCAACAAAUGUUCAUUUUAUCUUAA